AUGCAGCUGUGCUGUGAAUCUCUAAAUGGUUCUUGCAUAAGGAGCAGCUGGUCAAACAAUAUCCGUAUUUCCAUGUAUAUCUUCAUGGUUUGUAUUAUUCUGUCCACAGUGGUUGGAAAUUUGACAGUUAUCAUCUCAAUAUUACAUUUCAAGCAGCUCCAUACACCUACCAAUUUCCUGAUUCUUUCCAUGGCUACUGUAGACUUUUUGCUGGGAUUCCUGAUCAUGCCUUGCAGCAUGGUGCGCUCUGUUGAACACUGCUGGUAUUUUGGGGAGUUUUUUUGCAAGAUUCACACCAGCAUGGACAUUAUGCUGAGCACAGCUUCCAUCUUCCAUCUUUCCUUCAUAUCCAUUGACCGGUACUAUGCUGUGUCUGACCCUCUGAGAUACAGAUCAAAAAUAAGUACUUUAGUUAUCUUGGUCAUGAUAUUUGUAAGUUGGAUGCUCCCAGCUGCUUUUGCUUUUGGGAUGAUCUUUUUAGACCUAAACAUGCCAGGGGCAGAAAAUAUUUAUUAUCAAGUACAUUGUGCAGGAGGAUGUGUUGUAAUUUUCAGUAGAACUUCAGGUGUUGUGGCCUCCAUAGUGUCUUUUUACGUGCCUGGAUUUGUUAUGCUGUACAUCUAUAGGAAAAUAUACUCCAUAGCCAAGAGGCAGGCAAGAUCCAUUGAUGUAAUUAGCCAAAAAAAGAUGCAAUUUGAAAUGAAGCAUCAUAUUUCAUUCUGUAGAGAAAAGAAAGCUGCCAAGACAUUAGGCAUAAUAAUAGGAGUGUUCCUCAUUUGCUGGAGUCCAUUCUUUUUCUUUACAGCAACCAAUCCAUUUAUGAAUUAUGUCAUACCUCCUAUUCUCAUUGAUGCUUUGGUUUGGUUUGGUUAUUUAAAUUCUACAUUUAACCCAAUUGUUUAUGCAUUUUUUUACAUGUGGUUUCGCAGGGCAUUAAAGAUUAUUCUGUUUGGAAAAGUUUUUCAACCAGACUCUUCCAGGACUCAUUUGUUUUUAGAAUAA